AUGGAGAAAAUCAUCUACGACUUCUACCGAUCUCUUCGACAGCCGUGCCCACUUGCCUCCUCACCAUCUGAGGGAGAUGGACAUGUCAUUCCAGCGGUUCUCCCGUCCGAAAUACGACAUGCUAUCAUGUCGGUGAGAAAUCGUACAGCAGCCGGUCCCGACAGAAUAAAACCAGAACACCGAAGAACCUUCCGCCAGUACCAUCAACACCCUGGCGAGGAUCUCACACGUUACCUGUCGGAAUGCAAGGCCCCAAACAGUGAGACCAGCAAGACCGUGUUGCUGAAAAGGAGAUCCACAGACAUCGGCAACUAUCGCCCAAUCUGCUUACGUCCGUCAUCUACAAGCUCUCCAAGAGUGAUCCUUAAUAGGAUUGAAAAGGUCUUGGAUGAGGACAACCAUGCGAGCAAGCAGGGUUUCGAAAAGGAUUCAGCACGAUCGACCAUAUCACACUGUUUCGAGACCAUCGAGGUAUCACGAGAGUACAAGAUGCCGCCUGUCUCACUUCAUCGACUUGAAGAAGGCCUUGACUCAGUUGAGACGGAAGCGGUCGUGGAAGCCUUGGACAACCAAGGCGUUCCCACUCAGUACAUAAAGGUGCUUCGAGAGUUGUACAGUAACUUCACGACCGGAAUCUCGCCAUCUACAAGAAUAUCAUCAUGA